CGGGAUACCUCCCAAGUCGCGUUCCUGUCAUAACUUCAUACAUAUAAGGAAGAGCAAUUCGCCUGCGGGCUAAUAAUAUCUGGCCGGUGGGAAAUCCCCCCCCAGCCAGCUGCUUCUUGUGUGGCGGCUAAUAAUAACCUGCCCAGAUGAUUCCUGUCCUGCUCACACAGCCCCGCUCCUUCACUCUCCAGCCUUUCCGUCGAGCUUGGCUUUUAGAGACGCUAGCUGUCCAGCCCGGCCGGUCCCGUUUACCGUCUCUCCCACUAGCCUUUUCCUGGUUUAAAUUUGCCGCGUUCCAUCAUCUGGGCCCGUCGACCAAUCAGCGUGCGCCGGUAAAGUUGUUCCUCCGUAGCCACGCCCACUUGGAAUCUUCCCUGGCUCAGAAUCAGAAUCCUCCCUACAGGUGUACGGCUUAUCAAACCUUCCCGCCAUUUUGGUCCAGUCGACCCAUGGCUACCAGUGGUAAACUUGACCUGCGUUCUCCUUCCACCAACUGGAAGGAAGCAAAAAAGUUCCUCAAAGAGCUGGACACUAAGAAGAGGCGUGAACAUUAUGGUAUCAAAGACUAUAUCACGCUUAAGGAUAUUCCAUCUUGGAAAGACCAUGCUAAAAAGUUGAAGGUUCAACAACCAGAAGAAGUGAAGUAUCCAAAGAACAAGGACCUCAAUCAAAACAUUUCCAUUACUAAAGGUGACAUCACCAAGUUGGAAGUUGACGCCAUUGUCAAUGCAGCUAACAAGUCCCUGUUGGGAGGAGGAGGAGUGGAUGGGUGCAUUCACGAUGCAGCGGGUCCUCUCCUGAAACUGGAAUGCAGCACUCUCAAUGGCUGUGACACCGGAGAGGCCAAAAUUACAUGUGGUUACCUUCUGCCUGCCAAAAGUGUCAUUCAUGCGGUGGGUCCAGUGGCUAGGGGCGACCCACAGCCCAGUGACCAGGAAGAGCUGAAGAAAUGUUACAAGAAUAGUCUGAGAUUGGCCGAAGAGAAUAAGCUACGAAGUGUGGCUUUCCCCUGCAUUGCCACAGGAAUAUAUGGGUAUCCAUCGGAGGAUGCAGCUGAUGUGGCUCUCAACACAAUAAGGAAUUGUUUGGAAGAAAGCCCCGAUAAGUUUGACCGAGUCAUCAUAUGUGUUUUCCUGAAGAAGGAUGAAGAUAUUUAUCUUCAGAAAUUUCCUGAAUAUUUUCCUCUGGGUGAGUGGCAGUAUGUGGAGAACGCUGAAUCUGAUCCUGACAAUCCAUAUACAUGUGUUUGAGUCUCCAAUAUUCCUGCUUUCUUCCUGCUCCGUGUAUUUGCAGUGAUAUUAGUAAAGUCAAUACUACAAUCA